GCGCCCUUACAAAACAUGGCCGCCAGCGAGCUGCUUACUACCGCGCACGUGAUCUGCGUGUACUUAACGUCUUUGCUGUAAAUGUGUGUGCGACUGCUGGCUGCUCGAUUUACGGUUUUGUGUAGACUGCUUGCGGUGACUAACACUUCAUACCCGGCACAGCGCACCGGGAGCAGCCUGAGAAAAUGCCUGUCUUCAAGUUAACAACACAAGCUUACUGCAAGAUGAUGCUGCACAGCGCCAAGCACCCAGCCUGCUCAGUGAAUGGCAUCCUGGUAGCCGAAAAGCAGAAGCGUAAAGAUGCUCCACAGCAGCAGAUCCUGUUUGUGGACUGCAUCCCACUUUUCCAUGGUACCAUUGCUCUGUCUCCAGUGUUGGAGGUGGCGCUAACGCUGAUUGACACGUGGUGUAAAGAGAACAGUUAUGUAAUAGCCGGCUACUAUCAAGGGAACGAGCGUCUCAAAGACAACAGUCUUAACCCUGUUGGGGAGAAAAUUGCAUCACGGAUUGCAGAGGGGUACUGCGACGCAGCUUUAAUAAUGGUGGACAACUCUAAAUUCUCCAUGGAUUGCAUAAUCCCUUCCAUCCAUUUGUAUGAGUUUCAUGAUAAUAGGUGGAAAGCAAGAGACCCACACGAAGACGUCUUUGAAGACUGGCCAGAAGCGCAAAGGAUCACUGCUUCUCUCAUGGACAGCCGUUCUUACGAAACCCUUGUGGAUUUUGACAGCCACCUAGAUGACUUGCGUAAUGACUGGACCAACCCUGAAAUUAAUAAGUCCAUAAUUCAUCUAUGCUAAGGUCAGGGGAACCACCACAGGCCCAUGCUAUGCAAGAUGACUGCCGAAUGUAGAAACUCAAGUGAAAACCCAUUUCUACUGCCCGGCGGGGAUUUGUACAUUGUUUUAAUGGUUUAAAUAUGGGGGCGCUUCUGAAAUUACAGACAGGACUUAUUGGUGGGGAGUCCACAUAAGUAAUGUCCGUCCAUGCCCCUGAAACUGGUGCAAAAGAAGACUGUUCUACAGAGCAUUAUGCGUUUUCUAUAAGCGGGAGAAGAUUUAUGAGAAGAAUCUCCCUCUUUGUGUUUUUGUUUUUUGACCAGGCAAUUUAUUAGAGAAUUAAUAAUGUGACAUUUUAUCAAGAAAAAAAAUCUACAUGAAGUUUUACACAAGAUGGAGAAAUCCUAUGGACAAUAACAUGUCUAUAAAAAGGAUACUGUGAUCCUCUGUAAUAGUUUUUUUUUUUUAUAUUUGAUUAUGGUUUCUUUCAUGCUGCCUGUAGGUGAGUUGAAGAGUUGGUCCCAAGCAGAAUUACCACUCCACCACAUCACUACACAUGUAUUAUAAAAAAAAAAUAUAUAUUAUUUUUUGGUAUAUUUUCAGAACAGACAUUUGUUCCUUUUUCUGGGUAUGUUCUGUUAUGUUCUGAGUAGAGGUGAGCGAAGUAAUAGUGAUUUGAUUAGUCACGAACCUUGAGGCUCGGCAGUUGAUGACUUUAUCCUGCAUAUAUUAGUUCAGCUUUCAGGUGUUCCGGUGAGUUGUAAAAGGUGCAUACAGUCCUAGGAGACUCUCUCCUAGGACUGUAUCCACCUUUUCCAGCCCACCGGAGCACCUGAAAGCUGAACUAAUAUAUAUGCAGGAUAAAGUCAUCAACUGCCGAGCCACAAAUUUUGUGAUUAAUCAAAUCACUAUUACUUCGCUCACCUCUAGUUCUGGGCCUCACGCAUCAUCUCACACUGAAAGUCUGAUUUCCUCUUACAAAAGAAAAUUUUGGCAAUUCUGUAUUACACGUUUUCUAUUCUGCUUGGAGACAAGGACGUUGCAUGUUAUUUCAGAGGUAAAUAAAUAUAUAUUUUAAUUGUUUUAUUUCCUGGUCAGGUAUUUGUUUCAUGAAAAUUAAAUAAUAAAUAAAAAAUUCCAAUUCUAAAA